AUGGCGGCACAUCCAGCCACCUCGGCGCCUGCGCCGGGCGUGACGCCGACCGCGACGUCUGCGACAUCAGCGCCGGUCGGUGAUGAAAAGGAUGCCUCGCGAGGAUCACCGGCGGCGGAGAUACCCGUACGCACAAAGGAGUCGUUCAGCAAACUCAUGGUCGAGCGGUACACCAUGCGCGACGCCAUCGCCAGCGCCGCCCUGGGUGAGCAGCUGAAUCAGACGCGACAGUCCUCGCAGGAGAUGCGCGAGAAGAUCCACGAGUACAGGAUGGUGCGGAACGAGUACAAGCCCUGGUUCCCGCCGAGCAGACUCUACGGCGAAGGGUACAACGGGUAUGGAAACGGACACACGGACAACCAGCAGCCAACCUCCCGAAUCGUCUACCCAUCGCAAAAGCCACGGCCCGGACGACGGACGACACCCCCCUUCAAGUAUCCCCGCAAGGACAUGCUCAAGCAGGCAGAGCAGCACGAAGAGCUGGUCCCGUUACGCCUGGAAGUAGAGUGGGACAAGAUCAAGCUCCGCGACACGUUCACCUGGAACCUUCACGAGCGUCUUUUGCAAGUCGAGCUGUUUGCCGCGCAGCUGGUCGAGGACAUGGGGCUCAAGGCGCCCGCCGCCCAGCCCGUCUACGAACAAAUUGUCCAACAGAUGCGGGAGCAGCUCAAUGACUUCUACCCCUUUGCGUUUGCAGAAGAAGAUGCCCUCGACCCGGAGUUGCCGUACUCUGCCUACAAGAACGACGAAAUGCGCAUUCUCAUCAAGCUCAACAUCACAAUUGGCCAGCACACCUUGGUAGAUCAGUUUGAGUGGGAAAUUAACAAUCCCCACAACUCCCCAGAAGAAUUUGCCGCCAACAUGGCACGCGAUCUGUCCCUCUCGGGUGAAUUCACGACGGCCAUUGCACACUGCAUCCGCGAACAGACGCAGCUCUUCACCCGCAGCCUAUACAGCAUCGGACACCCGUUCGACGGACGGCCGGUCGAGGAUUCGGACCUCGUGUCUGCAUUCUUGCAAACCCCUCUCCCCGUCGUCUUCCGACCACAGCAACAAGCCAAGGAAUACGCACCAUACAUGUACGAGCUCAGCGAAGCGGAUCUGGAGCGAAACGAAAUGGUCUUUUCACGCGAGCAGCGGCGCCAGAAGCGCUCCAUCAACAGAAGAGGCGGCCCCCAGCUUCCCGACCUUAGAGAGCGGCAAAGGACCAUCCGUACCCUCAUCGUUUCGUCCGUACUGCCCGGCGCGGUCGAGGACGUCGAGGACAGCCAGUUAUACAAACGGACGGCCGGCGCAAACAGGAAGCGGACCGCCCGCGACGGCGAAGUCUCAGAGUCCGAGGAGAGCGACGACUCGUCUCCCGAGUCGCCCGCCCCUUCACAGAUGGCCGGCACUGCGCGCACAAGGGGCAUGCGAGGGGCUGCGUCGGCCGCGCAGCAGCGGAUGGCCAACAUCGGGCGCUCCGAAACGCCCGAGACGGGGUCGCUGCACCAGCACGAGACUCGAACGUCCCGCCGUGGCCGGGAGGAGACGGAAGAGCUGCCUCACCUCUGGGUCACGCUGAAGCUGAGCAAGGACAAGCUGAGGAGACUGAUGAAGGGCGACUAUCGCGACCUCCGGGCACCGUCACAACCGCAGACGCCCGUCGUGGCGUAUGCCGCGGCGCCCAAGCCAAGAAUGCCCUUCACGCCAUCCUCGGCGUCGUCCACGCCCCAGCCAGCAGCGGCAGCGGCACCGGCAGCGGCACCGGCUCCAGCCGGGAGCGGUUCCAGCUCCUUUCCUGCCGGCCAGCUGGGACGCCUCCCUGCUCCUCCGCCCGUCCCCGGUCAAUCACCUCCCCCGGCCCCCCCUCCACCAGAAUGGCUCGUCAACGCCCUCAAAGACCUAGAGAAGCAGUAUCCCAACGGAGACAAGUUCGAAGCCAUCAUGAAGUACUCGUAUCUCGACCCCGUCACCGAACUCCCCGUCCAGCCGCAGACGCAGCCGUUCCCAGAAGGCGUCAAGUACGCCUGGCUCCCGCGCAUCCGCUGCCUCGACUGCGCCACCAAGCUGUACACCCCUGGUCCGGACACGACGGCCCAAAAGUUCGAAGCGCACUUGAAAUUCUCCGGCCACCGGGCAAAAGUCAACCAGCGACUCGCGGCCCAAACCGGCGGCGCCUCAGGCUCAUGA